CGAUCAGCGACCAGCCCCGGAGUGCGGGGGCGCUCAGGGAACAGCAUCACCUCCUCCCUGCUCGCUCCUCCCCACUCCCCCAUUCUUUGAGUCCUUUUUAUCUCCGCCCCACCAUGAGACAGGGCAUCGGUGCCAUCCGGCAGCAGCAACUCCAGCAGGAGCAACUGAAAAAGCUCGGCGAGUCCAUCAAGGCCGACAGCAUCAAGGAGCUGGAUGAACAGCUCCAACAAUUUAAGACCCAUCUGGAGGACUUCGCGCGGCGACACCACCGGGCCCUGAAGACCGACCCGCACUUCCGGUCGCGCUUCCAGGAGAUGUGCUCGGCGAUUGGCAUUGAUCCCAUUUCGUCGAGUCGGGGCUUUUGGACGGACCUCCUGGGCAUGGGCGACUUUUACUACAAUCUCGGCGUGGAGGUGGUGGCUGCAUGUAACAACUUGCAGAGCACCACGGGCGGCCUGGUGGCCAUCGAUGAGCUGGUGUCGCUGCUGCUGCCGCGCUAUCAGCGUAGCGGGAACACCAUCUGCGCGGAUGACAUUGAGCGUGCCAUCAAGAGCCUCAAGUGCCUGGGUGCCGAGUAUUCGAUCGUCAUUGUUGGCUCGAAGAAGAUGGUCCAGUCGGUCCCCCGCGAAUUGGACACCGACCUGCUGGUGUUCCUCGGCCGGCUGAGCCCGUCAACCUCCUCGGAACAGCCGGUCCCCGGGGUCUGGACCGGCAAGACGCCGGACGAGCUGGCGGCGGCCCUGGCUUGGCCGAUCGAGCGCGUUCUGCGGGCAGCGGUGCGCACAACCCCAUCCAUCAUCGGCCAGGGUCGGGCGUGGCAGGGCAGUCAUCGGCCGGGGCCGAGACAGUGGGCCUUUGUGUGCGCGCAUGUAUGUGUGUAUGUGUGUGUCCCUCUGACGCCCCUGUCCUUCGCUGAUCGAUCACGCAUUGCCGAUGGCGUGCGGAUGUGGAUGGAUGUGGGUGGAUGUGUGCGCGCGGGGCAUUUGGACGCACAGGAAUCGGCCCUGCAGAUGGGCUUGGUAUGGAUCGACCAGGAGGCGCCGCACGAGGCGGUUCGGUACUUCCUCCCGCGAGAUCUCCAGUAGCGACGGGCUCGCGAGCGUGCGUGCGUGUGUGUGCGGUCCCCUCGCGCCCGGCUGCAGCGCCGUGGAGAGCGUCGUCAUGCGGGCAUGCGGAAAAAACAUCCCCCACUCCGUA